UUUGAUUGCUGACAAUACGUGUAACGGUCAAUAACAUCCGAUUAAUUUUUUAUUAAUAAAUGUUGGACAGGAUGGCUAGCAGAGAAACGUCAAUUAAUUCAAAAAAUUCGGAUGACCAUAGCGUUGAAACACUAGCAGAAGUUUUCCGAUGUUUUAUUUGCAUGGAAAAGCUUAGGGAUGCACAUCUUUGUCCCCAUUGCAGUAAAUUAUGCUGUUACACUUGCAUCAGAAGAUGGCUCACAGAGCAGCGUUCUCAGUGUCCUCAUUGCAGAGCUUCAUUACAUCUACAUGAAUUGGUAAAUUGCAGAUGGGUAGAAGAAGUAACACAGCAGCUUGACACACUUCAAGCUGUUGGUAUAUCAAAUUCAAGGCACGAUGAUGCUAAUAGAGAUAGGUGUACUGUACAUCAUGAAAAGCUGUCUGUUUACUGUUGGACUUGUCGUAGAUGUAUUUGUCAUCAGUGUGCUCUAUGGGGUGGUACUCAUUCAGGGCAUGCUUUCAAACCUCUAGAGGAGGUUUAUGAACAGCAUGUUACACAAAUAAAAGCAGAAGUGGGACAGUUGAAACGAAGAUUGAUGGAGCUAAUAAGUCUUGUUCAAGAAGUGGAACGUAAUGUUGAAUCUGUAAGGGCUGCAAAAGAUGAGAGAGUCAGGGAGAUCAGGAAUGCAGUGGAACUAAUGAUAGCACGUCUAGAUUCUCAAUUGAAAGCUAAAUUGUUAACUUUAAUGGGCCAGAAAAACUCCUUGACUUUAGAAACAGAACAACUGGAGGCUCUGUUGCAAGAGGUGGAACACCAAUUGCACACAUGUACUCGAUCUGAGCUUAUUAUUAAAAGUGCAGAUUUGUCACGAAUGAUACAUCAAGUAAGGAAAAAACCAAUGACAAGUUUUGUGACUGCUCCUGUUCCUGCAGAUUUUCAUAGUGAAAUUGUACCAGGAUAUGAUAGUGCAACUUUUGCAAUGCAAAAUUUUACUCAACUUCAAUUAAAAGCAGAUCCUGUGUAUUCUGCACCAUUGCAUGUAAAUGGAUUGUGCUGGAGAUUAAAGGUAUAUCCUGAUGGAAAUGGAGUUGUUCGCGGAAAUUAUUUGUCCGUUUUUCUGGAAUUAAGUGCCGGUUUACCAGAAACAUCUAAGUAUGAAUAUAGAGUUGAAAUGAUACACCAAGGAUCCCGCGACAUAAGUAAAAAUAUAGUUCGAGAAUUCGCUUCUGACUUUGAAAUCGGUGAAUGUUGGGGUUACAAUAGAUUUUUCAGAUUAGAUUUACUUGCAACUGAAGGGUACUUAAAUACAGAAUUGGACACUUUGAUACUACGGUUUCAGGUACGGCCACCGACGUUCUAUCAGCGCUGUAGAGAUCAGCAGUGGUAUAUCAGUCAGUUAGUUACAGUACAAAAUCAAUAUGCUACACAAAUUAAUGAAUUGAAAGAGAGAUUGGCAAUAGAAAUCUCUCGAAAUGCUAUAGCAGCGACAAGAGUGUCAAGCGGAGUUGCAUUAUGCGGACCAACAUCAAAUGUAACACCUCUGGUAAUGCAACAACAGUCACAAGCUGCUGGAGAUCCAUUACUGAAUUCCAGUUCUCCUCGUUCCAUUGAAACGUAUCAAAAUGGCACAUUAGCAAGAACAGGACAGAAUGCACUACUUGGGGGAAAUUAUAGUUCUGCCAUGUCGAGUGAUCAAUUGAUGCCUAUGUGUGAGUUAGGAGAACUUUCGAACAUACGUUCACUUGGAUCCUCUUCAACAUUGUCCUCUAUCUCGUCAAAGACGAGUCUAAAACAACAUGGAGUGAAACCAGAAUCGCCCAAUCUGCAUGGUACAAACGAUGGUUCUGCUGGAGACUGCCAGACCAAUAGUAUUCAUUCUCCAUCGCCAUCUUAUUCUUCACCGACAAUUCUUAAUCAGCAACCACUGAAUCUGUUGUCUAGCAGCAGCAGUAGUGAUAGCGGAGAAUUAAGCGAACACGAUAUAUAUUUGGACGAAUGUGAACAUAAUGAACCACAUUUAAUGCUUUUAGAUGAUAAUUCAAAUGACGAAAACGACGUGGAUGAUGAAACCAUGUCAGGAGAGAAUGAUGUAGAAGUUGCAGAAUCGUUAACCCCGUGGAUUCAGAACAAACAACGUACAAAGCAGCAGAACAAUCGGGAUAGUACAGGGGAUACUUGCAGAUUGCGAGGCAAUGAUAGUUUAGAAGACGAAAUAAUGUUGCUACAUCUGUUUGAAAUGCAAGAUAGAAACUCCGCCUGGACUUCUUUGUGUUUCAAUCAACACGUGGAUGACACAAGUGACUCUAGAACAUCUUUAACCAGUUUACAUCAUAGUUCUAGCCCUUUACAUUGUAACACUACACUGCCAACUCAUGGAUCGUCUUCAUUUUCGCAUAAGCAUCAUGAAGUCGAUUCAGCCUAUAACGAACAAUUUUCCGAUAAACGUUCCACUUGUACAUCUCAUCUGUGUCAGCCUCAGAUGAUGUAUAACGGUAGACUGAAACUGGGUCAAGUGUCCAACAUUUGUCAGCAAGAACUUUCCGGGUUAAUAGCAUGUGGUAGUCAGACGAGGUCUGAACCUGCAACUCGUUCGAACUCUAUUGAUUGCGAUAAGGACCUUCCAAACAUAUCUGUAGUUAAUAAAAUUAACCACGAGGUGGAAACAUCCAGAUCGGACUUGAUAGUGCCAAAUGUAGUACUGGACAGCAAUAAAAUCGUGUCGAAGCAUCUACUGUCGCGACGGCAAUCUUCACCGUCAUCGUCUGCCAACGUUAGCGUGAUAGGUAGUGAGAAUAGUAAAGUAUUCGAAUUCGAACAAUUGUUGGAGACCAUUCAGUUGUAUCCAAUAUCUCAGAAAGACACUGCCAGUUGUUUCAAUAAGUUAAGAAGAAAUAUUUCAUCCGAGGGGAAAAGUAAUGGUUGCACCACUGGCAGAAUCAAAUCUCCCUCGCUUUCGUUAGGUCAUGAUGCAGUAUCGUCGUCAACUAGUAAUGCAACAACUGAUGCUAUACCGAGCCCUAACAAUUAUAGCUGGGCUCCUGCAUUGUAUCAACACAAACACAAUCAGAAGAAUGUUUUGGACGCAACUCUGCAAGCAUCUUCUAGCGAUGCUUCCAAUAAAUCUACAUCUGAAAAGUCGUUAGAAGAAACCAAUCCUUCGGGUUCUUCGUGA